CGAGAGAGAGUAGCCGCACAGAUCCGACGCGGCAAGCCACGUCGGCGCUGCUGUCGAAUGGCGUGCGAAUGCCGCUCGUCGGCUACGGCUGCGCCGGCCGCAUCGGCCGCAAGCCGCUGGGCGAGGCGCUCGAGCUCGGCUACGCGCUGUUCGACACCUCGCAGGCGAGCGAGUGGUACCUCGAGGAGGAGCUGGGCGUGGCGCUCGCCAUGUCGUCCGUGAACCGCUCCGCUGUGUUCCUGACCUCUAAGCUCCACCCACGGGACCUCGGCGAGCAGAGCACGCUCCGCGCGUUCCCCGCGUCGCUGCGCAACCUGCAGACGUCGACGAUCGAUGCGUUUCUGCUGCACUACCCGCGCUGCUUUGGCGACCUGUGCGGCGGGCGCGAGCCCGAGGGCACCUGGCGGGAGUCGUGGCGCGCCCUCGAGUCGCUCUAUGAGCAGGGCCAGGUGCGUGCGCUCGGCGUGUCCAACUUUUCGCCCGACGAGCUCCAGCAGCUGCUCGGGUUUGCGCGUACGCCGCCGCACAUCGUGCAGAGCUGGAUGGACCCGCUGCACCAGGAGCGGCCUCUGCGGGAGGUGUGCCGAGCGCACGGCAUCCUCUUCCAGGCGUACUCGACGCUCGGCACGCAGUGGGCCGGCCGUGGCGUGCGCGUCAACCCGGUGCUGCGCCACCCGGUGCUGGGCGCGGUGGCGGCCGAGGUGGGAAGGUCGACCGCCCAGGUGGCGCUGCGGUGGGCGCUGCAGCACGGCGUCGCCGUCAUCCCUCGCUCCACCAAGCGACGCCACAUGGCGGAGGGGCUCGACCUGUUUGCCUUCGACCUGUCGGCCGCGCAGAUGGCCUCGAUCGACAGCCUCGACGGCACCGACCCGAGCGCCGUGCACGCGCCGCCCCCACCGCCGCGGUCGUGUACCGACGACAGCGACGCGUGCGGCGCGUGGGCCGAUGCGGGCGAGUGCGACGCUAACCCGGGCUACAUGCACAAGGCGUGCGCGGCUUCGUGCGACACGUGUCCCGCGAAGGCUGAACUCUGAGGGCGGGCCAGACUCGCACAGAGACCACGCUCAAACUCUUGACCCACACGAAGUGGACCGAGCCCGAGCGCGGAGCGGCCGGCGCGCGAGGCCGAGCCAUCAGAGGCCGAGCCGCAGCCGGCGCGUGUCACCAGUCGCGAUCAUGCGUCCUUUGUUUAUUAAUGUAUCAUACGAGAGAAGUCC